AUGACUCAUUCCAUACUCACUAUGAUUCUCAAGCUGAACUCUACCGCUAACUCAAUUUGGGACACCCUUGAACCCCUUUACUGGGACAAUAAACACUCCCAUUCCAUUGAGCUCGAUAAUGAGUUACUUUCCUUGGUUCCGGGUGAUCGCUCCAUCACUGAAUACUUCCAGAAGAUGAAACCCAUUGUCGAUUUAUUGGCAAACAAUGAAGCCCCUGUUCCUGAGAAAACCUUGUUGACCUACAUGUUAAAUGGUCUCUCCCCAAAGUUUGAAAAUAUUUCCAUGCUCAUACGAUACAAAGACCUUCCACCCACUUUCCUUGAAUCCCGCACUAGUAUCAUAAGAGUUUGGUGUCAAAAGGAAUCAUACAUCAUCAUCAUCUUAUUUUGA